CCCUAGGGUAGUGUUCGAUACUUAGUUAAUUAAUUAAUUAAUUUUUAAAGGUCAGAAUCAUUUGACAAUCUGCAUUAUCUGUGUAAUAUACAUUCUAAUUAGUGGGCAACUUCCAAGGCAAACGUUUAGCUACGAUCCAACAAUAGCGCUCAUUAUCUUGUUGCUGAAUGAAUCAAUGCACUUUGGCGUACGUUAGCGUUCAUACUUCUCGAUUUCCGUCAAAAUUCUUAUUGUGGCUUCGGUUCAAAGCCUGCCCCACCUCCUACCCUCUGGUGCAGGCUUUGAUAUUGUUAGGCUCUGCGCUCCGGAGACCUGGUUGCGGUUUUCUCCCUGACUCCGCGCCAGGCAAGCCGAAUGGGGAAAAGUGGAGUGUUUGCGGGGAGGAAAACGAGUUUCCCACGCACGCAGAUGUGUGGAGGCCAUAAUUUAAACUGUCCUAAGGAGUCAGAGAUGGGCGGACUUCCAACCGGCUGGGUUAGAAGGGAUGUAAAGAGGGACCGCGCACACUUUCAAGUGGCAGUCUAACCAAAUCCACUCUCCCCCACCCGUUCCCCGGUGACAUCACGACCUUUCCGGACUCUUGAAUGGAGGAUUGCAUUAGCUCAAAUCUCGCGAUGACUCCUCCUACAAGUUCUCAAGCUUCGCUCCCAACGCAGCGACCCGGUAGUCGAUAGAAGACCACUUUGAGAGCCACCGCGAUAUCGUAGAACUGUAAUAGUUCCUGGGACUCAUCUGGACGGCUGCGACUCUUCUCCAACGCCCGCGGGCACGAGGUUUGGCUCUCAAGCAUCCCAUCUGCCAUACCCGCCGUGACUACAAUUCAGAAUGGUUGUAAAGAAGAAGAAGAAAGAAAUACAAGUUACUGCAUUGACCAUUUGCCACCAGGACCUUGAAACUUUGAGAUCUUUGGCUGAUGCGGAAGGGAAAAAUCUAGCUUCUUUGCUGUUACGUUGUGUACAGCUCACUGACGGGGUGUCGCAGAUUCAUUGUGUUAAACAGAUUGUGCCUUUACUGGAGGAGGCAGAUAAAAAUGGCACGUGCAAUGCCACUAUUAGAAGCUGCUUGGAUAUUUUGGCAGGCGUUUACCUUUCUUUGAGUCUAAAGAAUCCCUUGAAGAAAGUCUUGGCAAGCUCACUAAAUUGCCUACCUGAAUUUUUUCUAACCGAGGCCAUACAAAGUUUUACUUCUCGUCUUCAGGAAGAGUUGAAUACUACUGAUCUAUACUCUUAUAGGAAAGUAAUUGACAAUAUAUCUUCAUGUAUGGAGAACUUUAACUUGGGUAUAACAAGUGUUAAUAAUCUUCUUGAAAAUGUGCUUCAUUUUCUACAGAAGAGUUUAAUUGAAAUCUCAGAAGAAAAUAGAAAAUUUGCUGGAAAUCAUAUUGUUCAAACGCAGUUGAUGAAUGACUUGAUGGUAGGCGUUCGAGUUGCGGUGACGUUAGUGCAGAAAACACAAGGCCUCCAGAGCGCUCAUUUGACGAUCUCCAGUUCUCCCGCAUGGCAGUGUAUGUGUGAAUUGCUGAGUAUUUUUACCAGGUUUUUGAACGAUGAUGACCUCUUACGGACAAUUCAGAGUACAUCUGGAUUAGCUGUUAUUCUUUUCAUUAAGGCUAUGUUUCAUCCACCUGAAAAGAUUCCUGGUUUGAUCAGUAGCGUGCUUCUCCGUUCCGUGAACUGCACGGGCGUCCCCGAGUGGUUUUUGAACUCCUGCAGGAGCCUUUGCUGUGCUGACGUGUCCGAGGCAGCUCUCUUGUUCCUGUGUCAGGGGGCACUCACCAUGCUGGACUGGCAGGGUGGGCGCAUGGGCCCGAGCGGGGAGGCCCUGCUCUUGGACACUGCGCGCGUUUUGUUCACCUUGAGUUCACAGAUCAAGGAAUCAGCCCUGGAAAUGUUUCUCUCUAGAAUUUUGGCGUCUUGGACUAACUCAGCCAUAUAUGUUCUUGAAUCAAGUUCCCCAAGCCUAAAGGACAGUCUGAAUGGGAAUUCAAGCAUAAUUAAGAGACUUCUGGAAUAUGUCUAUACCCACUGGGAACAUCCGUUGGAUGCUUUGAGACACCAAAACAAAAUCAUAUUCAGAAAUAUUCUCCGAAUGCACCAGCUCACUCUCCCAGAGGCGGAGGUAGACCAGUCAGAUCUGGCUGCGGAUCAUUUCACUUUUGAACUGACUCAGAGUCUUCUGCGAUUGGAAUGGCACAUUAAGGGAAAGUAUAUAUGCCUUGGUUGUUUAGUAGAUUGCAUAGGAGUGGAACGUAUUUUGGCAUUAGCUAAAACUAUUCCAUCGCAAAUCUUAGAGGUGAUGGGGGACCAGUCACUGGUACCUUAUGCAAGUGACCUCUUAGAAACCAUGUUUAAAAAUCAUAAGAGUCAUUUGAAAUCUCAGGCUGUCGACAGUACUUGGGUUGAUAAGUGGCAUGAGACUUGGGUUUCUCCUCUCCUUCACAUACUGUGUGAAGGAAGUCUGGAUCAAAAAUCUUACGUGAUUGAUUAUUACUUGCCAAAAUUAUUGAAUUGCAACCCUGAAAGUUUAAGCUACAUGGUGAAGAUUCUUCAGACUUCUGCUGAUGCUAAAACUGGGUCUCAUCAUAGUAGAGGGGCUCUGGGAGCUUUGAUGGCAUGUCUGCGAACAGCGAGAGCUCAUGGACAUCUUCAGUCUGCAACCGAUGCCUGGGGGAGUCUUGUGUGCAGUGCAAAGAUAAAGCAAGGCUUAAUUCAUCAGCACUGCCAAGUGCGGAUAGAUACAUUGGGCUUGCUUUGUGAAAGUAAUCGCAGCACAGAAAUCGUUUCCACAGAAGAAAUGCAGUGGAUUCAGUUCUUCAUCACAUACAAUCUUAACAGUCAGUCUCCAGGAGUGCGGCAACAGAUUUGUUCUCUUCUUAAAAAGUUGUUUUGUAGGAUACAGGAGAGUUCUCAGGUCCUUUAUAAACUGGAGCAAAAUAAAUCCAAACACGAACCGGAGAAUGAGUUCACCAAACAACACCCUUCUGUCUCUUUACAGCAGUAUAAGAGUUUCAUGUCAUCCAUCUGCAACAGCCUUUUUGAAGCACUGUUUCCUGGCUCUUCCUACCCAACGAGAUUUUCAGCUUUAACCAUUUUAGGCUCAAUAGCUGAAGUUUUUCCUGACCCAGAAGGUCAAGCUCAAACAGUGUAUCAGCUGAGUCAUGAUAUUGAUGUUGGCCAUUUCCAAACACUAAUAGGUUGUUUAACCAGCACUUUUGAAACAGUGAAAAUUUUAGCCUUCGAUCUUCUGAUGAAGUUACCAAAAACGGUUGUCUGGUUGCAGGAUUCAGAGAAACUGCAAGGCUUAUUCCAGGCAGCACUGACGCUCAGCACCAGCACCAAACCCUAUGACUGUGUAACAGCUUCCUACCUGUUGAACUUCUUGAUCUGUCAGAAUGCUCUGCCGUCAUCUCUGUCCACCUACUUAACUCAGCAGGUUUUGUGUGGAGAUGGAGAUAAGUCUGCUGCUGUGGUGGAAAGUAACACAUUAAUGGUUAUCAAAUGCUUGUUAGAAAAUCUUGAGGAAGAAAUAAGUCAGGCUGAAAAUUCUCUGCUUCAGGCAGCAGCGUCAUUUCCAAUGUAUGGACGAGUUCACUGUAUAACAAAGGCUUUGCAGCAGUUACCUCUAAACAGCCUGCAGUUGGUGAGUGAGUGGAGACCUGUGGUGGAGAAGCUCCUCUCCGUGUCCUACAGGCUCUCUGCUGUGGUGUCUCCAGUCAUUCAGAGCUCUUCCCCAGAAGGCCUCGUCCCGAUGGACACUGACUCAGAGUCAGCAAGUCGCUUACAGAUGAUUCUGAGUGAGAUUCAGCCACGAGAUACUAAUGAUUACUUCAAUCAAGCCAAAAUAUUGAAGGAACGUGAUAGGUUUGAUUUGGAGGACUUGAAUGCCAGUAUUCCAAAUAUUGAUCCUUCUGCAGAAAUCAAAGGUAAAGAAGGAAAAACGUGUGACGUAACGGCUCAGAUGGUGCUCGUAUGCUGUUGGAGAAGUAUGAAGGAGGUCUCUCUGCUGCUCGGCGCCCUGUGCCAACUCCUGCCCACGCAGCCCGUGCCAGAGCCUCCUGGUGCGUUACUGACCGAGGAGCAGGUAAAAGAAAUAGGCGAUCACUUUAAACAACACCUUUUACAGUCCAGGCACAGAGGAGCAUUUGAACUGGCUUAUACUGGCUUUGUGAAACUCACCGAAGUACUCAACAGAUGCCCUAAUGUGAGUCUGCAGAAGCUGCCAGAACAGUGGUUAUGGAGUGUUUUAGAGGAAAUUAAAUGCAGUGAUCCUUCGUCUAAACUCUGUGCUACUCGGCGCAGUGCUGGAAUUCCUUUCUACAUACAGGCACUGUUGGCAUCUGAACCGAAGAAAGGCAGAAUGGAUUUGUUGAAAAUAACAAUGAAAGAGUUAAUCUCUUUGGCUGUGCCUACUGAUGACUCACUGAGUACAGUCCCCCAGGUUCAUGCUUUAAAUAUCCUUAGAGCCUUAUUUAGAGACACGCGUCUGGGAGAAAAUAUUCUUCCUUAUGUUGCUGAUGGAGCUAAGGCUGCAAUUCUGGGCUUUACAUCACCGGUCUGGGCAGUGAGAAAUUCAUCCACACUUCUCUUCAGUACCUUGAUCACCAGAAUAUUUGGAGUUAAAAGGGGAAAGGAUGAACUUUUAAAAAAAAAUACAAUGACAGGGAGCGAAUUUUUCUCUCGUUUCCCAGAACUCUAUCCUUUUCUUCUCAAACAGUUAGAAGCUGUAGCCAAUACCGUGGACAGUGACAUAGGAGAACUAAACCGUCACCCAAGCAUGUUCCUAUUACUUUUGGUGUUGGGGAGACUCUACCCUUCCCCGAUGGAUGGCACCUAUUCUGCCCUCAGCAUGGCACCUUUCGUUCCCUUCAUUAUGAGAUGUGGUAACUCACCUGUCUACCGCUCCCGGGAAAUGGCAGCCCGUGCCUUGGUCCCAUUUGUUAUGAUGGACCAAAUCCCUGAUACCAUCCGCACUCUGUUGGCCACACUCCCCAACUGCACUGACCAGCAUUUCCGGCAAAACCAUAUUCAUGGGACACUUCUCCAGGUUUUUCAUUUGUUAAAAGCCUUCUCAGACUCCAGAUACAGAAUGAACGCGUACUCUCAGCAGGAGCUGGCUGACAUCGCUAUUUGUACCAAAGCCAAACUCUGGCUGGCCAAGAGGCAAAAUCCAUGUUUGGUGACCAGAGCCGUGUAUAUUGAUAUUCUCUUCCUGUUGACUCACUGCCUUGACAAACCCACAAAAGGCAACUGGCCAGUUCCAGAGCAUCUUGGCUUGUGGGAGGAAGUCGGAAAGAUCAUCUCAGAGUCCGAGCUAAUAAGGGGAUUCCCCUACACCUUCACAGUGCCUGGCCUGCCCCAGUACCUCCAGAGCCUCACCAAGCUGGCCAUUGCGGCAGUGUGGGCAGUGGCAGUGCAGGCUGGAGAGCAGACGACGGAUGUUCCCAUCUCCUUCUCUCAGCUGCUAGCGUCUUCCUUCCCUGAAGUGCGCCUGCUGACACUGGAAGCCCUGUUGGAAAGGUUUUCAGCAGCAGCCUCUGAAUUAGGGAAGAAGAAAUUGCCAUCUUUGCUGUGGAAUAUGGGAGGGACGUUCUUAAUGUUGGCUGUGAAGGAAACUCACCCAGAAUGCUCCUGCAAGAUACUGAAAAUUCUCCACUGCAUGGACCCCAGUGAGUGGCUUCCCCAGACAGAAUGCUGUAUCCAUCUAACCCCAGAGGAGUUCUUGAAUUGGACAAUGGAUAUUGCUUCCAAUGAAAGGUCUGAAAUUCAAAGUGUAGCUCUGAGACUCGCCUCCAGAGUGAUUGUCCACCACAUGCAGAUGACUGACGAGACCAGGGACUCUGUCGCCCCCAAACUGAAGCAGUGGGUUCAGCUGGUCGUCUCGUCUUGCGGAGACCACCUUCCCACAGAGUCCAGGCUGGCGGCCGCCGAAGUCCUCACCAGUGCCACACCACUGUUCCUCACCAACCCCCAUCCCCUUCUCGGACUGCAGGAUACACUUGCCCUCUGGAGGUGCGUGCUCACCCUCCUGCAGAGUGAAGAGCAAGCCGUCAGAGACGCGGCCACGGAAACGGUGACGACCGCCAUGUCACAAGAAAACACCUGCUCGUCAGCAGAAUUUGCCUUCUGCCAGGUGGAUGCCUCCAUCGCCCUGGAUCUGGCCCUGGUUGUGCUGUGUGACCUGCUCCAGCAGUGGGACCGGCUGGCCUCUGGGCUCCCAGUCCUGCUGGGGUGGCUGUUGGAAGACAGUGAUGACCUCCCGGUCUGUGCGGAGAGCGAGCCUCAGGUAGAAGAAGACUGCCUGUUUGAAAAAGCAGAAGUCAACUUUUGGGCCGAGACCCUGAUCUUUGUAAAAUACCUCUACAAGCAUCUCUAUCGCCUCCUCUCCAAGUGCAGCUCGCAUCCCCUCAGCCCCGACCGGCUCCGCCAUCUUCAAAGGACAGCGUCAGAGCAGCGCCACCUCCUUUCCCAGCUCUUGGAAGGGCUGCCACCCACCGCUGAGUUUUUGAAGACGGUGGAGUUCACGAGAUUGCGCAUUCAGGAGGAAAGGACUUUGGCUUGUCUGAGGCUGCUGGCCUUUCUGGAAGAAAAAGAAGAGAAGGACACCCUAGUUCUCAGUGCUUCGAAUGCUCCAGCAGAAGCAAAUCAGUUGACUCUUCCAGGAACAGAAAUGGCUUGUUGAAUAAAGAAGACUUUGGGGGUGGGGGUGGGGGUGAGGGUAGACCAGUCUCCAUUAAACCUGCAGGAAAUGUGUUGAACAUAAAUUCAGGUAUUUUUUUCCCUUCAUACCUCCCUGACUUCUGUGAAGCUAGUUUUCUUACAGAGGGGUUUUUCUUCAGUUCACUCAGCCCAGGUAGCCUGGUUUAUUGCAGCUACUGUAGGAAGUGAGGCCACCACACUGAAUAUUCACUCUGUUCCCAGGUGUGGGCCACCUGUGGGUCUCAAUUAGUCUUUCUCAUCCGUCCCCCAGGACCUCGGCCAUCCAGCCACCACCAGCCUGCGUUUUCUAUGAAUUGACUGCACAGAAUUGGGUUUUGACACACAAUUUCCAACCCCCGCCCCCAACCUUUUUUUUUUUUUUUUUUUUUUUUUGGCUCAAUGUAGGAGCUGGAUUUGUUGGCGAACAGCCCAUUUGGUCAGAAUCCCAAAUUUUAUUCCAUUUUAGCUAAAGCAGAAAUAUGUUCCAAAUGCGGGAUUCUGAGAGUGUUAAGGAUAAACUUUGUACAAAUAGUUUCGUUUUUAUUGCCCGCAUGUGAGUCCUAGGUGACCUACACAUGCCAUCCUAAUUAUUAAAAGAGCCAUUGAGAGCUCCUACCCCUCCAAGAAAAUGUUUGUGCUGAUGCUGGGAGACCCGAGUUUGCCGCUCAGUGAAAGCAUAGAGCCUUGGCUGUUAGAGGGAGCCUGGAAAGGAGAGCCAGGAUGAAUGAUGUAUUUUUUGAUGCCUACACUGUUUACUAUCAUUUUCUUGGUGGCAAUAACAAGAAGUUUCUCAGGAUGCCAGGAAACACAUUUAUACAUUUCAGUCAUUUAAUCUAGAAACGGGAGGGUUUUCUCAUUUCCAAGCCUAGCCCUCUUCCUCAGACACCCAGCAGGUGUCACUCUUGCACACGUUUUGCUGCUUGUCCUGUUCUCUCCGUUGACUUACCAUUUUGAAAUUGUAAUUUCAUAGUAAGUGUCACCCGCAGGCAGUUAUCUUGAAAUUCAUACCCUGGAUGGGUCAUAGCUUUAUCCACAUUUAUUUUUUAAAAGGCUUUAUUUACUUAUUUUUAGGGAGGGGAAAAGGAGGGAGAAAGAGAGGGAGAAAAAUAUCGAUGUGCCAGAGAAACAUUGGUGGGUUGCCUCUCACACAAGGCCCUGACCUGAGACCUGGCACAUGCCCGACUGGGAAUCCGAAUGGUGACCUUUCAGUUUGCGGGACGACACCCAACCCACUGAGCCACACCAGUCAGGGCCACAUUAAUUUUUCUUCCUGGUCAUCUGAAUAAGCCAUUUCAGCAACAGUGUAUAAACUUGGUCCAGCUUUUAGGAUCUGUAAAUAUUUUUAUAUACUCAGGUAAGCAGUCACUUCGAAUUAUAUUAUUGAUGUUUGAGGGUCUGAAGGGGCGGUUUAUAGGAGAAAGUUUGGUACGAUCAUUUCCUACUGCAGAAAGGGUUAUAUUUCAGAUAUAAUGUCUCUUUGAAAGAAAAUUAUCUAACACUAAAAACACAGCCAUAUUGGAAGUAUAAACAAAGGACUCUAUGGGAAGAGGCCUGGAGAAAAGUUAACUUUGUGUCCAAAGUUUUGUCCUAAAGAGAACAGGAAAUUUCCCCGGGUGGUUUUACACCAUUCAGGUGUAAAACCUGAAUGUGUUUUGGUUUUGUUUUGUUUCGUUUUAGGGUGGUGGUGGUUGUUUGUGAUCCUGAAUUAACUUCCUGGUUAGGCAUCUGUGUGGCCCAUACACAUUUGAUGGGAAGUUGUCAGCCUAUUUCUUUUGCUCUGAGAAGACUUGGCUAGUGAGAAGUUAAGGAACUGUUGGCAUAAUGUGCUGAUAGCCAUGGUAAACUAUCAUGACACUGACCCCAGCAAAGCCCAGCAUUCCAUUUUUUCUCCAUUUAAAAUGAACUAAGAACAGUUACACAAUAAAAAUGUUUUACACCAGCAGGUACUCUGUACCAAAGCAUGUUUCUGUGCCACCUCCAGAACCCCACCAAGCCUGCAGGGUGGGUGCUCUCAUAGCUGUUGACUGGGAGGAAUUACCCCAGGUUUUGACCUUGGCUGGCCAUGGCCAGCCUGAGAGGGUAGCAGGGACAGAUGUACCACGGUUCUAUAUCUGAACUUCUGUUGCUGACCUCCAGUAGCAGUGGCUGGGGAAAUGGCUCUCUCACACUUUUCCGGAUUCCCAGAGAAGUUGUAGAACACCUCCUUUCAGGGCCACCCUCAGAUUGUUGGGAGUUAUUUCAACAAAGAACAAAACAGAAUAGUCAGGAUUCUGGGAGUGUCAGCCACCAAAGUCCAGCCCUGUCUAGGGCCCAGAGUAGGCUGGGUCAGUCCUAAGAGGUCACUUCCCUAGAGUCCAACAUGUGGUACCGCCUAGCUCUGCAUUCAUGGUUCUGUGGGCCUCUACUCAUCUGGCCAGUCCAGAGGCCUGGCUUCCUCAGUUUUUUAUGUUUUGUAAGUUUGUUUCAAUAAAUAAGAUG